AUGGAACUAGCGAGCCACGUACUUCCCCUUCAAGCGCCGUACGAUCACCGUGCGGACCUGCUGCUUGCUGCUGGGCCAUUUGCUGCUCUGUUUUCUCUCCCUCCAUCAUUCGGCUGUUUGGAUGUCUGCGGGAGGAAGUGCUUUAUCUGCACUUUGCUGUCUGCUGCUUUCUCUUGUCGCCCCUUCAGCUCUGUACUCUUUGCUUGCGCCCUCGCCACAUCUAAACCAAGUGAAAAACAAACGCCCAAACAGCAGCGGAAGCUGCGGCUGCAACAGCAGCCAGUGACCGCAUUGCCACAUGCGGACUUCCCUGCCCUAGAAGCAGCAGCUUCAGCAGCGGCUCCAACAGCAGAUACAACGGCAGCAUAUCAGCGAGAGCGGCCGGAGCAGCAACAACCCCCAGAGGCAGGGAUGGAUGAGGGAUCACAGGACACAAACUGCUCCUGGCCUGCGAAUGAGACGACUGCUUUGCUGCACGACUUCGUACGGCAUAACCGAAGCAACAGCAGCAGCAGCAGUAAGGGGAAGUAUCUUGAAUGCGUUACUGAGGGUUUGAAAGUGCAGUCGGGGGUAUUUCAGCAGUUUGAGGUGCACGUUGCUCUCCCUAUCCCUCGCGCCUCCUCUUCAGCCUCUCUACGGGUGGCAACAAGCCGCUGUAACGGCAUUAACGCAUCUCGCAUGAAGGCAGCAACAGCUGGGAAGCCAGCUGCCGAGAAUGCAGAUGCACCAGCAAAAACGGCAGCAGUGCAUGCCGCAGCAACAGCAGCAGCAGCAGCAGCCAGAAAAUGCAGCAGCAGGAAUGUAGAAGAAAUAUCAGCCAACUUAGCCGAUGGUUGCAGCUGA